GGUUAUGGAAAUGGCAAACGCAAUGCCAUAUUGUGGCGACAAACCGCUGUGUGAUAUAUGGUGUCCAUUUGGUUAUGUUCGGGAUGAGUAUGGCUGUGCUCUGUGUCAUUGUCAAGAUGCGGUCUCAGAAGAGGAUGAUGCCCCAGGCCAGAAAUGUGGCCCGCCCGUCUGUCUCUUUUUCCGUCCGGCAUGUGACGUGUACGCCAAGGACGACGAUGGCUGUGACACCUGUGAAUGCGCAACCCACACAAACACCACACCUCAACCUCAAACUGUCCCAGCCAAGACAACGUGUGUUCCUAGAGCCUGUCCAUUUUACCUUCCGGCGUGUGGCGUUUACAAAAAGGACGGUAACGGGUGUGAUACCUGUCAAUGUGAGGUGGCCAUACCGGAUAUUGUCAGCCUCUCUAGGCCUCGGUCCAGCCCGGCCUUCAAAGAGUACACCCCUUAAAGUGCUACGUACCUGCAGCGAGUCAUGUGCCGGCCAUCUAUAGCUACGACCCCACGAAGACAUGCACGUGAACUCUCUGCUGCAUAAAAUCGGUUCUCAGUUGUCUUUCAGUGUGAUCAGAACCAACAGUGUUUACCACGUGCUGUGACUAUGGGUAGAACCGAGUAUACCCUGUAAUCUGUAAGCCAGUUGUGCAUAUGUCUAUAUAGAAAUAUUUUAUACAGCAACCUGAUUUCGGUGCUUUAUUGUAGAUCGGGUCUUUGUGUAUCUGUGCAUACUGUAUAUAACAUUUUCUGUUACCUAUAUUUGUAAGUAGAUGUCUUAAUAAAUAAAACAAAAGUCAACAG